AUGGCGCCCAAGAUGACCAAAAACCAGAUGCGGCGCGCAAAGAAGAAGGAGCAGAAGGUUGCGCAGCCUACGCCGACUCCAGGAUUAGAGAAACAACAAUCUCCAGAGCCCGCAUCCGCGCAAAACGAAGCCGAACCACCAACCCAAGAUAUCUCGACACUGGACAUUAGCGAAGAUGAUCCCAACUAUGCGAUGUAUAAGGAGAUCAUGGAGCGGUUUAAUGCGACGACCGAGGAGGACGAGGCUACGAAGGAAGCAAACGCUGGGGAUAAGGGCGAGGUCUUUUACGACGACGAUGACGAGAUACCCGACGAAGAUGAAGAGGCAGCUAAGGAGCUGAAGCUCUCCAAGAAGAAGAGAAAGGAGCGCGACAAGUUGUCGGUUGCAGAAUUGAAGGCGCUCGUGAAGAAGCCUGAGCUGGUCGAUUGGACGGACACAUCUGCUUCAGAUCCACGGUUAUUAGUUCACAUCAAGUCGUACCGAAAUGUUGUCCCUGUACCAAAUCAUUGGUCCCUGAAGCGCGAAUACCUAUCCUCGAAGCGUGGUGUUGAGAAGCCGCCUUUUGCCCUUCCAAAAUUCAUUCAAGAGACUGGCAUCGCAGAGAUGCGAGACGCGGUGUUGGAGAAGCAGGAUCAAGCAAGUCUGAAGCAGAAACAAAGAGAGAGAGUUCAACCGAAGAUGGGAAAACUGGAUAUCGAUUAUCAGAAGCUUUACGAGGCUUUUUUCAGAUUUCAAACAAAACCUGAGCUUACGAGAUUCGGCGAGGUCUACUACGAGGGCAAGGAGUACGAAACGAACUUGAAGCAUCUGAGACCUGGAGAGUUGAGUGAUGAGUUGAAGGAAGCUCUUAACAUUCCUCCAGGAGCGCCACCGCCAUGGUUGAUCAAUCAGCAGAGAUUCGGCCCACCUCCGUCCUACCCAUCUCUCAAGAUCCCUGGCUUAAAUGCUCCUCCACCUCCAGGUGGUGCUUGGGGUUUCCAUCCCGGUGGAUAUGGAAAACCUCCUGUCGACGAGUUUAAUCGACCUCUCUAUGGCGGAGACAUUUUCGGUGUUCUGCAACCUCAGGUUAAUAGCCAGGCUGGCGAGCCAGUCGAACGGAGUCUGUGGGGUGAAUUGCAAGCUCCAGAAGAGGAGUCUGACGAAGAGGAGAGUGAGGAUGAAGAAGAAGAGGGCGACGAGGAAGAUAUUGGAGCAGGGUUACAGACCCCUAGCGGGUUGGAGACACCAGGUGGAAUGGCAUCUACGGUACCCUCCGAAUAUCCUGGCGAUAUGAGCGUCGGCGGCGACUUUGAUCUUCGAAAACAGAAGAGAGGCACCGAGACUGAGGAAUCGACGCACCCAAGAUCAGCAUACCAAGUGAUUCCAGAAAAGCAAAUCCGUGCCGAGGGUUUCUUUGGUGGAGAGCGUGCUUAUGACGUGCGUAGUGCACAGAAUUCUAAUCUGCCUGUCUUGGGUCAAGACGACGAGAAUAGGAAGAGAAAGAAGCCCGGAGAUGUGGAUGUUGCAUUGGACCCAGAUUCUUUGCAAAAUGAGGACGGUAUCAGCAAGGACGAGGUCAAGCGCAGAUUUGAGGCUCAGAAGAAAGAGGAGAAGGGGGCCUGGGCUUUCGAAGAGGAUUUGAGUGAUAUGAUUGCCCAGGAGAGUAGAAAACGACAGAAGAGGGACGAGGAGAAGAAGGGCGAGAAGAGAGAGAGGUCGGAUACUUUACGGAGGAUCAGAAGCCCAGAAGCAGGAAAGGUGCAAUCAAGGGAUGAUCCCUCGAGCACCAAAGAAAGAAAAGGGGAGCUAGCACGUGAUUCUCGUGAGCCCGCUAGCGCCCGCCUUACUGCGCGUCACUCGCGACUGCCAAAAGUUAUUCUCCAGAAAAAUAGAAACAUCUUCAGCAACACUCUUCCUCUUUUCCUUUCAGCAACUGCGACCACCUCAAAGAAACUGCAUAGGACAGGAAAGUGCAUCAAUAUCCUCCAAGAUGGACCGUCGUGUGGAACGCAGGUUAGUACUCUUCUCUUUUCAUUCACUUUCACCGCAUCGUACCACGUACACCAGAGCAUUGCAUUGCACCGAACAUACGUAUUUGCAUUCGAGCUUGGAGAAGGGAAGGACAUGGCUGGAAAGAACACAUUCCCUGAUCCUGCUCCUGGACCACCUGGACCCUUGAACCCGCCACCUGGACCCCCAGCACCGUACGAAUCCAAGCAGAGCACCACAGGAGGAAAUGAGAACGAGAACUGGGCUGGUCUAAAUGCAGAGGGAUGUUGUCAGAUAUCUCGCUGCCAUGGUGGAUUGGAAACCCCAAGUCCACCACCACUACCUACCGGAAUGAGUCGAAUCACAGCUCCGUACAUCGAGAAAAUGGACAUCAAUCACCAGGGAGGUGAAGUGACACAUGGACACACCGAGAAAAUGGAUAUCGAUUCCCAGAGAGGUGGAGCGACGCAUGGGUAUACUGAGGGGAUGGACAUCGAUCCAAUAUGUCUUCCAGUUGAACGUCCAACAACCGAUGUUGGAACCGAUAUUAAGGAAGAGUCUUCAACACCCAAGUCCUUAUCGGCUCUUUUUUUGGACACAAUCGUAGAGAGCGGAGAAGGCAGAAGCAAUGCGGCUACGGAGCAUGGAGCUGGUCGAGGCUUACCCGAAGAGCAGCAAGCACACGGCCGAAAUUCGUAUUCUAGAGGAUCCAUAAGCUCUGGUACUGUAAAGGUUUCCAGAGCUCACUCUGUCGACAUGAGGCUGCGCAGUCUGAGCAGCUUCGACUUACCUUGUCCAAUACAGGCCAUGGACAAAGGCUCUUGGAGCAAACUCUUCAUCAGAUCGCCUCUAAAUGACUGGGGCGAACAAGAAAAGCUCCAGCCUAUACAAAUACGCUUGUUGAACUUUCUAGCUGCAUCGCCGGAUCUGUGGAUGUAUCUGCCGCUGUUCAACUCGCACUAUCCUGGUUCCCGUUCUCCUACGGAGGUCGUCCAGGAAGCGCCCCCCCUUUGGCAGUUCAUUAUGGGAAUUCCGUUACAACCAGAUUUUCUCACGAACGCUAGUACAAAGGAAGGUCACUCUCUGCCGCCUCUGACUACGAUACUUGGUCGUGAACGAUCUUCUCCUCGUUUGUUUCUACCAGCCUACCCCGUAUUCGUCGGAGAUGAACUAUGUAUUCAACAAUUGCCUGCACAAACAAGGCCGAUGUUUGUUCGCUACAUGAUUCCAAGAAAGCCGCCACAGCCACCACGACCAUAUCUAUACCAUAGGAUGUUGCCUGAGCCCUGUGUGACCCAGGGCCAAGAUCCCCCCCUCCUACAAGUGACUCUUGGCACCCAAAUUCUCGUGACCGCUCUCCACGACGCAGAUCCAGAACUCCACAACCUCGUCGUGAUCGUUCACCACUACGAGAUAAUUGGAGAUCAAGAGCAAGAUCCCCACCUCGUGCGAGAAGUCCACGAAGAUUCUCUCCUAGAAGAGAUGAUGAUCGUCGAGCAAGAUCACCUCCAAGAAGAGACGAAAGAAGAAGAUCAAGAUCCCCUUACGAUAGAGAUCGUGCCCCACCUCGUGCCAGGUCACCUCUCCCUGCUCGAAGAUCACCACCCGCAGGCCCCCGUGGUGGUUACCGCCCUCGUUCUCGAAGCCCGGAUCGUCGUGAUAAUCACCGGUCUGCUAGAACCUCUACAAGCACUUCUCGCCGGUCCUCACCACAUGUUCAUCCAGACCGAAUGGCAAUCGUUUCGCAAACAUCGAAUCGUGAAUCUAGAGCUCGCUCACCACCACGUGCCAGGUCUCCUACAAUGCAGCUUAGUUACAGAGACAGGGAGUCUAGCUCCAACUGGACCAAGUAGUAGCCGAAACUUCACUGCGCCUUCUCCAUCACCAAGCUCCAUGUCUACCCACAACAGAUCUGAUAACUCCGGUCCUAUUAUCCCCCCUUCCGGACCCCGUGGUUUCGUCCCCCCCAAUCGUGGUAGUGGAGGAUUCAUGCGAGGAGGCAGAGGUUCAUUUAACAGUGAUCGACCCCAUCGUUCAGAAUCCGGGUCUUGGGGCGCCGCACCAGCACCAGCACCCCGUACCACUCCGGCAGAGAACUCCACCCGCAUCAGCACACCUGCCAGUCGCCCCACACAAACCCCUUCUCCAUCGAUCCCAUCCGGUCCCGCUACUACAUCGAUACCAACAUCAGCAUCAGUGUCUACCAUCCCCACCGGCCCAUCAUCAGGGGGAAUUCCCACCGGUCCCCGAGCCGGCGUUCCCUCUCGCCCCUCCCUCUCUCACUCCUCCAGCAUCUACAACAAACAAUCCAACCCUAAUCCCAACGCCCCUCCACCUGGCCCACGCCCCCAUCCAGCCAUGGCCAACAUCCCACCCAUCAUCCCCGGUGGCCGUCUCGACCCCACCGCCACCGGAAUUACACCCGAAGUAGCCGCGCGUCUCAAGAAGCGCCAAGAAGAAGAAGCCGUGCUGCGAAAAGAGCUGAAUACCAAAGAGGAGAAGCUGAGGCAGGAUCUGAAGAGUUGGGAGAGGUUGGAGCGCGAGAGUGCGGCUAUGGGCUUGAGGAGUGAGUUAAGUGAGAGGCAUGUUAGGAUGUUGGCUGGGGAAGGAGUUGGUGGUGCUGCGUUUUGA